ACAGCGCACAUCCCGACCAGCAUCCCGACGGCCGACGCAAACGAACGAAGUCACUCCCGUUUACUUUGUACUCAUAGCCAAUAAACAUGGGCAAACGAACCCACGACCAAGUAACCGUCUCCGUCAACGGCGAGGACGGCCCAUCCAGCAAGAAAAUAAAAGCAACAGACUCUGCACCGGUCACCAAACCCACAAACGGCUCGGCGCCUGCGACAAUAACGAAAGAUGAGGCGGACCUGUAUGAUAGGCAAAUUCGACUAUGGGGACUCGAGGCUCAACAGCGGAUGCGGCAGUCGAGGAUCUUGGUGGCAGGCGUGACCGGGACAAGUAACGAGAUAUUGAAGAACCUUGUUCUCUCUGGAGUUGGAGCGUUGACGAUUCAGGAGAGCGAGAGUGUGGAGGAAGAGGAUUUGGGUGCUCAGUUUUUCUUAAGGGAGGAGGAUGUUGGCGAAAACCGUGCAGAGGCCGUCGCACCACGGGCUCAGGCGCUCAAUCCCCGCGUGCAUGUGAAAGCCAUCACCACUCCGCUGGCGAACGUUCCAGAUUCCUUCUUCACCGAGUUCGAUAUCGUGUGCCUGUGCAAUGCUACCCUGAGCCAGCUGAAACGAGCAGACAAGAUAUGUCGCAAGAAUGGCGUCAAGUUCUACGCCGCAGAUACCAACGGCAUCACCGGGUUUAUCUUCUGCGACUUGCGAGAACACAACUACGUCGAAGAACGCAAGACAACACAAAAAGACGAAACCACAAUAACCCGCCUAGAAAAAUCCAUCACGUUCCCGAGCCUAGAGGAGGCGUUAUCCAUUGACUGGGCUACCUCCGAUCUUCAAAAGCUGAAGAAGAAAGAACUCAAACACUUCCGUGCCCGAGCAGACCCUGUGUUUUUCGCCUUCAAUGCGUUAUGGCAGUUCCGCGAACGGUUUCAAAGGCCACCACGCGCGGACGACGCCGCUGAUGUCAAGGGUUUCAUAACGGUAGCGCGUGAGGGCAUGGAGCGGGUACAUUGUGAUCCCGCUUUCCUUGAGGAGGACUUCUUAAAAUCAUUCAUCGCCCAAACCGGCUCCGAAAUCUCCCCCGUCUGCGCCAUCAUCGGCGGCUUCGCCGCACAAGACAUCCUCAAAGUCCUCUCGGGCAAAGACGCCCCCAUCGACAACUUCUUCUGCUUUGAUGGGGAGCUGUUUAAGGGGAAGAUGAUACGUGUUGCGGCUUCUGCUGCGGAGGUGCCUGUGGGGAAGGCGGCUGGGGAAAGUGCGACGACGGGUGGUGAGGAGGUUUUUGAGUUGUUGGAUUGAGGGGGUCUUGAUUGGUGGCUUCAAUGUAGCAUCGCAGGUCUAGGAGAGCAUUGUUUGAGGAGUGUCGUGGGCAUGAAGCCCUGGUACUCGGGUUAGGAAAAUGAAUAGGGAGUUAUUCAUGCGGAAUCUCGGGCUAUCCUCAGGCGUCUUCCCGUUGAUAAGACGACUGCCGCGUAAGGCGAUGAAAUCCAUUCAGUUGCGUGAAGAAUGCAGUCCAGACA